AUGGAGGAGCUGCGCGAGCAAUCAAAAUUAGAAAAUACAAAACUUGUUGGGAAAAUUGGUAAAUUGAUCCUGAAAAUAAAACAUCUUAAAAAAUCUCACAGUGAAGAGGUAAAAGAGCUUAAAAGAGAGAUUGAAUCGUUGAAAGAUAAAUUUUUGAUGGAGAAAGCAGCGAGUGAUGCUGAGAAAAGAAAAAUUAUAAAUGUUUUGGAGCACCAGCAGAGCAUGAAGGAGGAAUCUUGCGUCGGUCCGACUUCAAGUGUCAGAAGAGACUCUAUUAGCAACACAAACAGCGUCUGGUUGGCGUUUAAUGAUUCGAUAUUCGAUACCAGCUCUGAACGGUUUCCAUUACAGAACGGAUCGUGGAUUUGUAGGUCGCUUCUAGAUUUCAUCAAAUAA